AUGCCCAAGGUCCUCAUUCUCGGCGCCACAGGCUAUCUUGGCAAGAGACUCGCCAACGUCCUUGUCCGCAGCGGCCAGCAUCGAGUCUACGGUGUAGCUCGCAACGAAGCCAAAGCUCAAUCUCUCGCCGCAGCUGAAGUCAUUCCCGUUAUUUGCCCCAACCCUGUUGAAGAGCCCGAGCCUUAUCUCAACGCUAUCCGAGAGCAUCACAUCGAUGUUGUCGUCGAUGUCGCUGGGGCCAACCAGGACUCGGCAAAGUUUCUCAACGAUGUUCAACAGAUCGGUCAAGAACGCUUGAGCAAGUACAAAGCUUCUGGGCUACACACUGGCCCUAAGCUUGGAUUUAUCUAUUGCUCAGGGACAUGGGUUCAUGGCUCUAGCAAGGAACCAGUCAAUGAUCUUGAUGUUGCUGGACAGAGCGCAAACAACCAACCACCAGCCCUUGUUGCUUGGCGUACGGACUUGGAAAACUCCAUCUUGGUUGCUUCAGACACACUCGACGUCGCCAUUGUCCGACCAGCUUUGAUCUACGGUCGCGAGAGCACCAUUUGGACGCCUUUUGUGCUUCCGCUGCUACAGGCCGCUCGGAGUGGAAGCUCGGACACUGUCCAAAUUCCCCUACUCGCCAACUCUAAGCCAGGACUUGUUCAUGUUGACGAUGUUGCGACGGGGUUCAAAUGUGCGAUUGAAAAGCUGUCUCUCAUCAACGGCGGAUCUACGUACCCAGUUUUUGAUCUAGUCACAAGCCAAGAGAGCAUGCAAGGUAUCUUUGACGCUCUGGCUGGAGUUUGGAAAUUCAAGGGGAAAUAUGAAUUGGUUGGAUCAGGGGACAACCUGUUCGCAGAGGCUAUGAGCACGACUAUGAGGGGAUCAUCUGAUCGGGCAAAGCAGCUUCUUGGUUGGGAACCUACGCGAACGAAUGGAUUCAUUACGGAUAUGGAUGUGUAUGCUGCGGCCUUUGCGUCUCAGCAUUAG